GACGCAUGACUCAAGGGAAGUUUAGGCUCUCACCUUUGUCUUUCCUGCCCGGCCAUUUAUAUAUUUAGGGAUGCAUGGACUGAACACAUGGCUCAUUUAUUACUCGAGAACAAGUCAGAAAAGUUAUGGAUUUCUCCUUUCGUGCGUGUGCCUUCCUCUUCUUGGUAAUCAUUGGAACUGUUGCAGCCGAUCAGUCCUGGUGUGGGAAGCCAGUUGGUGUGGAGUGUGAAUACUGUACAGAUGAUUAUCGAGUGAAGAGCAAGUGUUCUCUUUGUAAAUGUGCUGUUGGGUAUGCUCAAGAGAGGAAAGGAAGAAAACUAGUGUGUGUCUUGAAAAAGUACAGAAAUGGCACUGUUGCAGCUAAAUGGAAAGGCAAACUACAAUGUCAAAAAGUGGAUAAAAAUUGCAGUGUGGACAACAUAACGAAUUUAGUAAAUGCACAACAACAUGUGAAACACGGAGACAGCGUCAGAAUGCAAUGUGCUGACGGUCACUAUCAGUUGUAUGGGGAGAAGAUGAGUCGCUGUCUUGAUGGUAAAUUUUAUCCAAGCAUCCAUGUCGUUCGUUGUCAAGUUGUAAAUUGUGGUUUACCUGCUCGUCAAUCACCGAAUUUGAAAUUAUUCUACACGGGCAGUACCCUCAAACACUAUCUAUAUGGCUAUGGCUCAACAGUAUCAUACAGGUGCGUUGAAGGUUUUACUUUGGUUGGAAAAGAAGCGCGUCGAUGUCAAGCCAAUGGCACAUGGGAAGACAAAGAUCCUACUUGUAAAAGAGAUUGCAUCGUUGGUAACAUCACUAAUUUGAUUGUUGCACAACAAGUUGUAAGACAUGGAAAGGGCAUUCGAAUGGAAUGUGCUGACGGUCAUCAACUGUAUGGCGAGAACCAAACGCGUUGUCUUGACGGCAUAUUCCACCCAACCAUUGACAACGCUCGUUGUCAGGUGGUACAUUGUGGUAUUCCACAGCGUGGGUCACGUCGUUUGAGAGUGAUUUACACGGACAGUAAUAAUAGCUUGGAGCAAUAUAGUUAUGGUUCCACACUCACUUACAGAUGCAUUGAGGGUUUCACACUGAUUGGAAGGAACAGACGUCAAUGUCAAGCCAAUGGUGAAUGGGAGGGCACCAAACCUCACUGCCAGAGAGACCGCAGCAGCAAUAAGAAAAUGUGUCAACCAACAGCUGAUGUGCUCUGGAAGCCAGUGAAGACUGGCCGUAGUAUUAGUAUUGCAAAUGAAUGUCCUGCUGGACUUGCACCUCUAGAUGAUGUCACUACAUGGACUUGCAUGAGAAAUGGCACGUGGAAACGAAGUCCAGCUACAGUGUCAUGUGUUCUUUCUUGCAAGGAGCCUCUUCCUACUAUUCGAGGUGCUAGAGUUAUCCGGUCACGUAAUAGGGGUGCGCGAUUCAUACAAGGAGAUGAAGUUAGAUACAAAUGCAAGAAAAGGUUCACACAGGUAGGAGGAAACGCAACUCGAAUCUGCUCGAAUGGCCAAUGGCAGGGACAAGACAUAAUUUGCUCUAAGGAAGAAUUAUGCAAACCGGUACGUCCCAAGAAUGGAUAUUCUACCGCUAUAAGCAGCCUGAGCAGUGUUCCUGGCGAGUACAGAAAGGGAGACAUCGUCUUGUUUGAUUGCAAUUUUGGAUAUCGUCGGAUUGGUUCAGCUGAGGCAGUGUGUGUAGGGCCAUUGUGGAGGUUUUCUGAUGGCGUGCCGCGAUGCAAAAGAGCAGCGACGGAUGAUAUGAUCGCGCUUCUGAACUAACUGCAGGUUACUUGCUUGUAUGAUAAGGUGUGUACGCGUGCAUGUAUUCUACCCAUGCCAGUUUGCAUUAGGCAGGUAUCUGCAUGUACUAGUUAAUUAAAGUGAUGCAGGGACGCUGUAGCGAGCUCUAGUCUGGUUACUUGUUAGUGAAUGAGUGCAGCGCAUGUACGUGCUGCUGAUAGACACGAAGAAGGUCUGCAACUUGCAAAGGAACAUGUCUAUUAUACAGACUUGUAAUUCUAAGAACAGCUAGAUUAUUGACAAUCAGGCGGUUUUCGUCCGACUCGUACGACCAGAGCUGUCACCGGUUCCGUCUACUUCAUACAUGUAUUUUUUCUCGAUUGGUCUUAUCAGUAUAAGUUUAAACGUGCUACUCAACAAUUAAUUGACGUAGAAACAAACGCUAGAAAUCGUAAGCUUCUCGCUGUGCAUGUGAUUUCUCUUCACGAGUCGAGACAUUGGCUACAAUUCGAGAUGUACAGUUUCGAGUGCUUACAGUAUUAAAGGGGAAAGAAUUUGGUCAUUAGGCUUUGUUA